ACCACCGCAAAAUAAACACUCGAAACAUGUAUACAAGAAGUCAAUUAUUAUUUUUAAUAACCAUAACGCUGAAAUUGCUUCCUGUGAUAUGCAUCGACUGCUUCAAAUGCGUGUCCAUCAAUCAGGAUUACAUGCCCUGUGAAGAUCCCUUUCACAACAACUACACUUUGGAUGUUUUUGAGUCACCCUGUAUGGGAGGGAGGAAAGGACGCGAUGGACUGUUUCCGGCAACAUCUUGUGUCAAAAUUACGGGAACAUUCGAUGACAAUGGUGACACAAUCGUCGUAAGAGGGUGUGCUUUGGAUAGCGGGACGUUGACAACUGAUACAGAAAUCGUAAGGAUGUCGCACUGUGGUGGAUUUUAUUACGACAAUAGAUACGCACGCGGAUGUGUUCAAAGCUGUAACGACGCAGACGCCUGUAACUGGGCAACCAAACAUGAUGCAUCACUCUUCUUAAUUACAUUAAUUUCUUUAUUACUGACUAUAGUUUAAAUAAAAACUUACAUACAUGAAAAAA